AUGAAAACAAACAAUUACAUUACAUUAAUAGUAAAAACAGAUGAAGCAUGCACAUUAAUAGUAAAAACAGAUGAAGCAUGCACUCAUUUGAAUGGCAUGAUACAAGAUAUAAGCUUAAUCAAUGAUCAUAUAAAAUAUUUAAUGAAACGUGUUGCAUGUUUUUAUAUUAUAUCCUUUAAUGUAAGUGCACUUUGGUUAUUAGGAUCAAUUAUUAAAGAGGCCUGGACUGACCUUAUGAUCCAAACAAGCAAAAAAUCAUUGAUAUCUGUGAUUUGUACUUCACAUGAAGAACUUACUUCAACCUCAAUACAAUAUAGCAGAAAGAUUUCUCAGACUUUGAAGGUAUUUGAAAAACAUUGAUUUCAGAUUAUUGAUGAUACAUGCUUGUACGCAACUUUUAGGAAUGCUCUGAAUUCUGUUCACGUUAAUUGAUAUAUAUUUUUUUAAAUCUGAAAUAUUAAUGGGUGCAUGAUUUCUUUUUUUCUCGAUGAUUGAUUUGAACAUUUAUUUUGUCAUAUUAAUAUCAAUUUGUGUAAGACAAGGGGUGAAAUCAACUUUUUAAGAAAACUUAGAAUAAUGUAUUGUACAAACUUUAUUAAAGUUGAUAUAUUUUAGCCAUCAAUUUUCAAAUAUGCACUAUAGGUCGGACAUGUAUAUCAUAGACAUAUUAAUUGUAUCAUUUGUAAGUUUCUUUGACAUUUGUGCAUAUUACAUUUUACCACAGCUGCUUAAGUAACCAAAAGGGGUGGUGUCAAAAUAUCAACUGACAUUUUUCCAUAAUUGUUAACAUUUUGACACCAUCCCUACACCUAAAUGCUAAACUGUAUUGGAAUGGUGAACCUAAAAUUUCUUCUGUUUGUAUCAUGCUUGAGACAUAAUAUUGUAGGGGAAUAGUUAAAUGGUACAAUAGAUAUGUUGUUUCCGUAAACUAUGAGUGUGAAAAGUCUGUUAUAGGCAAAUUAUAUAAUAAAUGUAUAUAU